UAAAUUGAAGAUAUUUAUUUAUAAAUUCCUCUUCUUUAAUUAUCUGUGGUAACUUAACAAUAAGUCGUUUAGUGAAAUUAAAUCAUAUAUAUUUUUGUUAUAAUAAUACAGUAAAAAAUAAGUAAUAGAGAUGUCUUUGGUGAGAUGCUGCUUCGAGGCUAGCGACGUGACAGAAGUCUUCGAACAGAUGGUCCAAAAAUGUACGGACGCCGGUUGUUGUUGUGGCUGCUGCAGUGCCCUGCGGCCCAGGUACAAGAGGUUGGUUGAUAAUAUAUUCCCAGUGACUCCUCAGGAUGGUCUUGUCAAGGCUAACAUGGAGAAGCUCACCUUCUACUCUCUGAGCUCACCGGAGAAGCUUGACAGGAUUGGGGAGUAUUUGUAUCAGAAAGCCGCCAGGGAUAUAUACAGGAAAAGACAUGGGUUUGUUAUUAUCGCCAUGGAAGCUAUGGAUCAAUUGUUGGUAGCAUGCCACGCCCAAACACUGAACUUAUUCGUCGAGAGUUUUCUUAAGAUGGUGCAGAAGUUACUAGAGUCCACCGAGCCUCAACUUCAGAUAUUAGCUACUCAAUCUUUUGUAAAAUUUGCUAACAUCGAAGAAGACACUCCGUCAUAUCACAGAAGAUAUGAUUUUUUCGUUAGCAAAUUUUCAGCAAUGUGCCACAGCGGCGAUGAUAGGGAAAUUAGAGAUAACAUCAGGACUGCAGGAAUCCGAGGUCUGCAGGCUGUUGUAAGGAAGACAGUUUCCGAUGAUUUAGUUGAAAAUAUUUGGGAACCGGUCCACAUGGACAAAAUAGUACCAAGUCUUCUAUUUAACAUGCAAGACUCCGGUUUUCAUAUGAAAGAACCGGGAGGUGGAGAAUCUGCACCUGACAGUAAAGCAGAUCCUCCGAUGUUGGCGGAAACUUGUAUGAGGGAAUUAGUCGGAAGGGCUUCCUUUGGUCACAUUCGCGCUGUCUUACGACCAGUUUUAAAACACUUUGAUCUUCACGAGCUGUGGGUUCCUAAUCAAUUCGCAAUACAUACUUUUAGGAUAAUUAUAUUUUCGAUUCAGGCUCAAUAUUCCUACACUGUGGUUGAAACUCUCAUGGCUCAUCUCGACGAUAAUACUAAGGCUACGCCUACAAUACGCACCAGUAUCGUCGAUGUGCUCUCUAAGAUUAUUGCAAUUGCUGCCGUAGAAAGUGUUGGUCCUUCGGUGCUUGAGAUAAUUAACUCGUUGUUGGGACAUCUGAAGGAUUCGGUACGACACGUUAUGAGUCAAACCGAAGAGAAACUUUACCAGGAGGCUUUAAUCAACGCUCUCGGAGAGUUCGCAAAUCAUUUGCCCGAUUAUCAGAAGAUCGAAAUCAUGAUGUUUAUUAUGAACAAAAUUCCGUAUCCACUGGUAGACAGUAACUCGCAAGCCGACAAUUUAUUGCAGAGCAUUCUCCUGAAAAGUUUAUUGAAGGUCGGCACCAAAUACCAGACAAUACAUUUGAACACAACAUUCCCAAUUUCGUUCUUGGAGCCUCUUCUGAGGAUGUCAUUAGCGCCGGAUCCCGAAAUGAGGUUGCUAGUGCAGAGGAUUCUGCACACUCUAAUAGAUAGACACCAUAAUCUAGAGAAGCUCAUUAAGCCCACUAUCAACGUCAAGGAGCUCGAUUUGACCCUGGAAAAAUCCUCGAGGCCAGAUUUGAUAUUCAUUAAUAAACAUGGACCAAUCAUCUACGAUGCUCUAUAUACCAAUCUGCAAAUGGACACAAACACCGUCGAGAAUAUCGAAGCUGUUUACACGACGUUGGCUUUACUAUGCGUCGAACUGUCGAGCGGCGAAACGGUUAUUGAUUUGUUACAAUUAGUGUUAGGUAUACAAAGUUUAGCUUUGAACAGCACAAUAUUAUCCGCAUCGCAGAAAUUCCACUUACACGCCAUCGUCAUUUCGUUGUUAACCUUGAUCCCGGUAGUCAUUCCAAUUCCGGCCCUUUACGAUUACGCAGCCAGAAUUGGCAAAGCGAGGAAACGCGACGCCACUCAUCUUCUGCCCGAUCUUCGAGAACAGUAUGCUGCCAAUUGCCAAUUAGCUAACAAGUUGCCGCAUCUGAUGAUCGAUCAGAUGGCCGUUUGCGAGUACGUGAAAGCCGGAGGACUAGAUCCAACUAGGUUAUCGCAUAUUUCACCGUACGGAGCCGGAGGUACCAGUGCAAUGGCAGGAACUCAACGCCACAGCUGGGUGGAAACCAGCGCCAAAGGCAGCGUCGUCGAGUUGGCAACAGGAACAGAAGUUGAUAGCGCCUCGAGUUCCCCGGGUGUGCAAAGGAAGUUGCCUGAAGAAGAAUUAACCUUCGAAAGCAUGAAACACGUGCUCAGCGAAAACCCUGAGGCCAGGAAGGAGGCUGAAGCUGAAAAGCGAGAGCAGAUCAGCCACACUUUCAGAACUGCCAGCUUCAACGAGCUCACGAAACGCACUCAACCGAAGCAUGAUAUUCUUCAGAAUAAAUUGAACGAGAUAUUCAAGUCGCUGAGCGAAACGAACGGACCGAGGCAAUCAACGAACGAGAAGAAACCGUCGGUUCCCGUUUACGAGCAAAACUUUCCAGAAUUGUUCAUUCAUUGAGUCGUUUAGUUUAAGUUUCUUUUUUUAUUAAUGCCUUGUCCCAGACAAGGCAGAUUGAUGAUACGAAACGAACGUGGUAUUAAUAUUGUGGUUGGUGAUUUUUAUUGUUUUUUUUUUAAUAUUUUUUUUAUGAACUAUUAUUUUUUAUAUAUACACGUAUAUCUCUUAAUACUAAUUAAACGUUAUGGGAAAUGUUUAUUGAUGGUCUAGCGAUAUUAAGGAGCCGUUGUUAUUGAAUAAUACGAUACCUGUAUUCAGCAUUAUAAAUAAUUAAAAGUAUGUUAGACUCGAGUACUUAGCGAGGGAAAAUUUUAUUCUUGUUGAAAUGUGAAGAUUUUAUUGUAUUUAAGAAAUGAAAGUGAGACGAGUGGAAAAUUAUGAAUAAAGCAAUUUAACAAAAAAAAA